AUGGCAUUGGUUGUUGCAUUUUGUCAUUUCGCUCUGUACAUCCUGUUAGCUGCGUUAGCGUUGCGUAUUUAUGAUUUUGAUAUCCAAUUUGCCAUCCUGUUAGCUGCGUUAGCGUUGCGUAUUUAUGAUUUUGAUAUCCAAUUUGCGAUCUGCAGUUGUCUCGCCGGAUCGACACAAGCGCAUCUUCACCCCAACACUUACAUGCAGUAUCUCGUAACCUCUUCCCUGCCGUCCACCCCUUGGCUCCCCCACAAUACUUCAAACCCAAUCUCCCCCCUCUUUCCCCUCUCCUCAAAUAUACCCUCUGCAAAUGCUUCUCCAACCCCUAACAACCCCAAGCUCUUCACCCACUGGACCGCCACUCUCCCCUCAUAUCCCCACCUCGUCCUCCGCCACGCAACCCCCUCCUCCAUCCCUACCCGCCUGGCUACCAUCCGCAACCCCGCAGACCGGGCUCACAUCACCUCGCAACCGACUCUCUGGGACGACUUGACUGCCGCUACCUGGACUGCUGCCCAGCAAGCGCGACUUGGAUAACCUGGAUGUGUUGGUAGAAGUUGAUGGGGUGGUGGUAGGGGUGAGUGCUAUAGCGACGAUAGAGAGGGAAGGAGAAGGAGGGGGAGAGGUUACUGAAUGUAGGUGUUAUGCUUGAGGAGGGCGUGAGGGGAAAGGGG